AAAGGCAUCUCGUGACGUAAGGACGUAAGAAGCUGGCGCAUUGCAUUGUGGUCGCCGGUGCCUGACGGAAACUGAAAGCGACCAACACUUCAGGCAGCUACGCUAAUUCUGCCAGCACGGGAAAGUAUUUGAGCAGCCAUGUCGUCGACAUCCCAAAAACAUAAAGAUUUUGUGGCCGAGCCCAUGGGCGAGAAGCCUGUCGGGGCUCUUGCGGGCAUCGGAGAUGUCCUUGGCAAAAGACUGGAGGAAAAAGGUUUCGAUAAGGCGUAUGUCGUCCUCGGGCAGUUUCUAGUGCUGAAGAAAGAUGAGGAGCUUUUCCGGGAUUGGCUGAAGGACACUUGCAAAGCAAAUGUGAAACAACAAGGUGACUGCUAUGGCUGCCUGAAAGAAUGGUGUGACGCCUUCUUAUAAAUUAUUCACCAAUGGUUUUCAACUUCUGAAGUCCAAACUGUACAUUACCUCUUCAGUAAUCUUUAUUCAAAUCGGCUGCACCACAUGUAUGAACUCACACAAAUGAGGUUGUUGAAGUCGAUUUAUUUUGUACUUCUACCUAAAGCUGUUUGUUUAUUUCUGACAUCUUUUGAGUUCUAACAUUUUACAUUGUUCCUUCUCAUGGUCCUUCUCUCAUCACUAGUAUGUCUAGGCUGAUACUUGCUUACUCUUGAAAUUGUCUGCCCUUCUUAUUGCAGUCAUCACAUUUUUGUAGUAAAAGCACGGGUGAAUCUAAUUAUAAUAAUGGCCGUUGUCCAUUAUGCGCAUGUUAGCAGUACUAUGACGUAGGCACACUAAAUGCAGGACUCGUGUAAUUGGGAGGGGGGGGGGGAGCUGCUUGUGUUCAUCCUGUUGAAUUUGUCCGAGAUCAGUAAAAAAACUGCAUUUUUAUCAAAGGUUGAAUUUUAAAUUCGUCGUUCAUCUAUUGUAAAUGCUGAGAAUUUAUAUUUCUCAAGCCAAAAAAUGGCCACUUUGUUCUAUAUUUAAACCUUUAGUGUCAGCUCUCUCGGCCUUCGUCCCCCAAUUGCCUGUUUUUAAAGCCGUUUGAAAGUUAAUGUAAGCUGUGUUAUUUUAAAUGGUUCAUUGUUGCACAGUUUUGCAUCACCAACAAUGUUUAAAGGAUUUCUCAAAGAGGUGGAUGGUCUGUUUGAAGUAUCUUGCAGAUUUUAUGUGACAAAUACAAAACCUCAAACCUUAUGCCACACUGGUCUCAGAAAAGAUGUUGAUCUUUUAUUUUAUUACAAAAAUGUAACUUUUGAUCUUUUAAAUCAAGUAGUAGCAUUGACUUGAUGGUGGGAAAAUUAUCUAAAUAAAGAUGCAGAAGCAAUUACUCUCAACAAUGUGUCAAUCUAUUGCUGAUGAGUAGAACACAUCCAGGCGCACCAGCCAAUCUGCUGCUUCUUCUAAACUUCACUUCCGGUAGCUUUAAAUGAUGCAGGCAGAACAUGUAGCAUGUGUUGUUACACCAACAGGCUUCUGUCAGUUAUAAUGACUGAUCUUGAUUUUCAUUCAGCUGUGUUUCCUAAAUAUGCCUUAAGAUUUGUUAAGCUGAGCUAUCAAACCUGCAUGUCCAGGCCGUUUCCACAAGCAGUUUGAGGAGGUCACCGGUGUAACAGCUUUUUCUUGCUUUUGAUAAAAAAAAGACCAGUAUUGGAUUUGCAAAUGUUUAUU